AUGUUUCAGCAUAUUAAUAUUACCCAGAGCAAUCAUGUGCUUGUCAAUAAACACAGGCAGGCUCGGAUCUGUGAUAAAUCCUCUGCAAUCAUACAAUAUGCCGUGUUCUCCCUAUACAGGCGUGUCCUGUACACACAACACAGACAGGCUCGGAUCUGUGAUAAAUCCUCUGCAAUCAUACAAUAUGCCGUGUUCUCCCUAUACAGGCGUGUCCUGUACACACAACACAGACAGGCUCGGAUCUGUGAUAAAUCCUCUGCAAUCAUACAAUAUGCCGUGUUCUCCCUAUACAAGCGUGUUCUGUACACACAACACAGACAGGCUCGGAUCUGUGAUAAAUCCUCUGCAAUCAUACAAUAUGCCGUGUUCUCCCUAUACAGGCGCGUUCUGUACACACAACACAGGCAGGCUCGGAUCUGUGAUAAAUCCUAUACAGGGCCUAUAAUUUCCAGCUAA